UUGAAUGUGUGUCGGUUCGAGGUUCAGUUGGAUGAUGAGAUCAGUUCAGAAGUGAUCAGACAUCAGAAUAGAAGGGGAAGAACACCUGUAUCGGACAUGGAGCGAGCGGAUGCUGCUGAUGCAGUGGGGACAGAAGCUGAAAACUACUUUGAUAUUCUGGAGGAGAGGAGGCGGGGUAGUGAUAUAGGCUACGCCCUUCGAACCUUUAACCCCCAACCAAACCAUACCGUGGCCACACCCACUUCAGCCAGCGCUCUCAAAAGGAUGGUUUUAGAAUCGCAGUACCUGAAUUACAUCAUACAGGAGAUCUCGGUUGAGAGCAAUGAACCGCAUGAUGUGCUUCUAGAAGAGGCAUCUGUGAUACUGGAUAAGAUGGCACAGAACCUGCAAAUGGGUUCCAUUCGUCUACUGGGCUUCAUAAUGAACAAAGUGUUUAAGAGUGUGUUUCGAUCUAUACACGUGAACGAGGACGGUCUCACACGGCUCCAGCAGGUCAUUCAAGAGUAUCCCGUUAUCCUGUUGCCCAAUCACAGGAGCUACAUGGACUUCCUUGUUAUCUCUUACAUCAUGUUCACCUACGACCUUUCUGUUCCUGUCAUUGCAGCAGGCAUUCCCCUGAUGGGGAUGAAGCUGCUUGGUGAGAUCUUUCGGCGAGCGGGAGCGUUUUUUAUUCGUCGUGCCAUUGGCUCAGACAAGCUGUAUUGGGCGGUGCUGUCUGAGUAUGUCAGAACUAUCGUCCGGACAGGAUUUGCGCCGGUGGAGUUUUAUGUUGAAGGAUUACGUAGUAGAACAUUAAAAUCACUUACUCCAAAACUAGGAAUGAUGCACAUGGUCUUAGAGCCGUUUUUUAAAGGAGAAGUGUUUGAUAUCAGUCUGGUCCCUAUAAGCAUCAGUUACGACCGUGUGAUGGAGGAGUCUCUCCUUGUUCACGAGCUUCUGGGUGUCCCUAAACCCAAAGAGACAACAGGGGGUUUGCUAAAGGCUAGGACUGUGCUAAAGGAAGAUUAUGGCUGCAUGCAUGUGUGCUUUGGCAACCCUGUGUCUGUAAGAGAUCUGGCGAAAGGCAAAAUAAACCGCAUGCACUACAAUCUAAUACCAAGAGAUUUGCCCAUUACACCGAAUAAGACAACACAAGAGUUUGUGUCUGGUGUAGCCCACAUGAUGGUUCGUCUGCAGGAGAGAAAUGCGGUACUGAGCCCGUGGAACCUGAUGGCUGUGGUUCUCCUCCAGAACCCACAGGAGGGCAUUGAUCUGGACCUGCUGACCCACACAACACUUUGGUUAAGGAAACUAGCUGUGAAGUUUGGAGCUCAUCUCAACUGGCCCAAGCAUGUUUCAGAUUCUGAGGUGAUGUCAUUAAGCCUGACCCUGCACUACUCAGUAGCUCACUGUAAGAGUGGGCGUGUCUCUUUAGUGGAGGAGGCGGGUCCAAAACCUGUCAGUCAAGAGGAUGGUGUGCUUAGACGUGCUGCUGCUGUGCUCAUGUGCGCCUCCUACAGGAAUCAAGCUGUACAUGUAUUCACAAGACCUGCUAUGGUGGCCAUUGCUAUGACAACGGCUGGAAAUAGGACAGAGAAUAUCUUUCAUCAUUUUAUCUUUCUGUUGGAGCUCUUUUCCAAUGAUUUCGUCUUUGUUCCUGGUCAAACCAUUCAGGAUUUCGAGGAGGGUUGUUCUUUAUUACAGCAGGCUGGUGUCAUUGGCCGCUCUGAUGAAGAGGUGUACGUGACAGAGGAAGGCCAGGAAACUAUCCUCUUCCUCAGGGCAAUGCUGCAGCCUUUCAUAGAAAGUUACCAGGUGGUGUUCAGGUACCUGUGUGAUGAAAGCUUACAGACGUUCAGGGAGAAAAACUUCUUACCUAGUGUUCGCAGUUUUAUCACAAAGCUUCUUAUAUCAGGUGAAGUUCAGUCUCAUGAAUGUUUAUCAUCUGAUGUGCAGAAAAACGUUCUCUCAGCUUUGCUUAGGAUGGCUGCAGUGACCAAAACCAAAGUUGAAGACCAGAAUGAGUUCACAGUGAAUACAGCGGCAGUGAGGAGAAUAUGGACCUUACUAAAUGAAGUAUUGAGCCCUCAGAUCAGUUUAGACGCCAGACUGUGAUGAAAAGAAUGGGAUGGCAGGCACUCGUUCCUCUACAGCCCUGUUUACACCAAGUAUUAGGAUUCAUCUAAUGUUCAGUCACCUCUGAACAUGCUUUAAGUGAUCAUACUACAACACCUGUACUGUUUUGUUGCCAUCUUCUUCUGAUCGAGUCAUCCUAAAUUGAUUUUUAUAACAAAGUGUCUAUAUUAUAUCUGCAGUCCGCAUGUCUUACUGAGGGUUUGUGUUUCCAAGAGGCACACAAAGAAACCUACAGGAGCUGCUGUAUGAUAUCAUUUAUUAAAUUUCAUUACUAGUGCAACUUAUAUGAUUGUAUUAGACAUGUAAAGAUCACAUAGAUAACAAUAUUGACAUCUUAGAUUCUCAGCAAAAAUCAAACACCAUGUCAAAACCUACCUUAAAAAUAAAUAGGUAUUAAAAAUGCAUAUUUAACAUAGCAUAUGUUAUUGCAAUGUUGAUAUUCAAAUUAUUUUAAUGAUAAAGAUAGAAGUAUUUUUGUAUACUAUAAUUGCAAUAAAAAUAUUGAUUAUUGAUAUAUGUUUCUUCAAUGUUUUUUUCCAAGUAGUACAAUAAAAUCUGAAGAAAGUCAUCUUAAAAAGAUUGAAUAUAAGGAUGCAAUGUAAAGUUAAAACAACUUGGUUUUGCAAGUCAAUUCAACAUACUAUUUUAAGUUUUUACCUGUGAUAAACUGACAUAACUUAUAAAAACAAGUUGAACAUCAUUUUUUAAGUUAAAGUAACAUAAAAAUAAAUGUUGAUUUGACAAAAAUGCUACAUUUUUUAAUGUUAUAAACACAAAUAUAACACAUACAUAUGCUUAAAUGCCAAAAAUUCAUUUUGUGUGGUCCAAAGAAGUGACUAAUGUAUAUAUGUGCAACCCUGUUCAGGUUAAAGUCUAAUAAUCUAGAUCUUAAUCAUUGAUUUCACAUUGUUUAAAAUUUUGACAUGAUCUUACUUAGUCAGUAGGCUAUUAAAUAUAUCAAUAUAAUAUUUUCACAGAAUGUUCUUUACAUUAUAUAGGAUGAUUUUUAUAGAAAACAGUAAAUCACAAAAAAUGACUUUAGCUGGGUUUUCAAAGGCAGGGUCACGUAUAGUGCUAGUAAGAAGUAGGAACACAAUGAUGGAAGAGGGUGUAGGUAACAAAUAUUGGAGCAAAUCAAAUGGGUCAUAUAAGUACAUUUGGUGUCCAAAGUUAUUUUUCCCCACUUUUAAAAAAAAUAGUUAACUUUAAAUACUUAAAUAUAUAUAUAUUAUUUGCUACUCAUUGUCAUGGUUCACAAGAUGUUACAGGCCAUAACAAAAUAUUUUCUGUAAAAAGUGUCAUACGCCAAAAACAAAUUUCUUUGGCAAAACAUAUAUUUUUAAAUAUAUUUCAAAAUAUACAAAAAAUGGCCAAAAAAUAUUUUUGCUAAAAUAUAUUU